AUGGGUAGAGGUAUCACCAACCACUCCUAUCUGCCCAAUUUUGCGUUCACUCGCUCCUUUCACUUGCGAUCAAAGUCUGCGUCACCAUCACCCUCGCUUACACCACCUUCUUCUUCUUCUUCUUCUUUCUUGUCGUUUUCUUCUUCCUCCUUAUUGCGCUCUUCAUGACCAUGAUCCUCUGCCUCACACUCACUUUCGGAUCUCAGUCGCAGAUCCACCUCCAACCUUCACUACCAAUUUUUCGCUCUUUCUCAUGGACCCCUCUACUUCUCGUCCAGCUGUAGUCAUCGACAAUGGCUCCGGGUAUACGAAGAUGGGCUUUGCUGGUAAUGUUGAGCCAUGCUUUAUUGUUCCAACAGUGGUUGCAGUUAACGAAUCGUUUCUGAAUCAAUCGAGGAGCUCUUCCAAGGGCAAUUCGGUCGCCCAGCACAAUGCAGGGGUUAUGGCGGAUCUUGAUUUCUUCAUUGGGGAUGAAGCACUUUCCAAGUCUCGAUCUAGCAGCACUUACAAUCUCAGCUACCCGAUUCGGCAUGGCCAGGUUGACAACUGGGACGCCAUGGAGCGCUUCUGGCAGCAGUGCAUAUUUAACUAUUUGAGGUGUGAUCCGGAGGAUCACUAUUUUCUCUUGACCGAGAGUCCAUUGACAGCGCCUGAGAGUCGCGAGUAUACUGGGGAAAUCAUGUUUGAGACUUUUAACGUGCCUGGACUUUACAUUGCCGUGAAUUCCGUGCUUGCUCUUGCAGCUGGUUACACAACAUCUAAGUGUGAGAUGACAGGAGUUGUCGUGGAUGUUGGAGAUGGGGCUGCUCAUGUUGUACCCGUUGCAGAUGGCUAUGUUAUUGGCAGUAGCAUCAAAUCGAUUCCAAUUGCUGGAAAGGACGUUACUCUUUUUGUCCAGCAGCUUAUGCGGGAAAGAGGAGAGAAUGUACCACCAGAAGAAUCUUUUGAAGUGGCUCGGAAAGUAAAGGAAAUGUAUUGCUACACCUGCUCUGACAUUGUGAAGGAAUUUAAUAAGCAUGACAAAGAACCAGCUAAGUAUAUCAAGCAAUGGAGAGGCAUUAAACCAAAGACGGGGGCACCAUAUUCCUGUGAUAUUGGCCAUGAACGAUUUCUUGGUCCCGAGGUUUUCUUUAAUCCUGAGAUAUAUAGCAGCGACUUUACCACCCCUUUGCCCGUUGUAAUAGAUAAGUGCAUUCAGUCUGCGCCAAUUGACACUAGAAGAUCAUUAUAUAAGAAUAUAGUGCUGUCGGGGGGAUCGACCAUGUUCAAGGAUUUUCAUAGGAGAUUGCAACGUGAUCUAAAGAAAAUUGUGGAUGCCCGUGUCCUUUCAUCUGAAGCGCGUCUAAAUGGGGAGAUAAAAUCGCAGCCAGUGGAAGUCAAUGUACUCAGCCAUCCUAUCCAGAGAUAUGCAGUUUGGUUUGGAGGCUCAGUGCUCGCAUCAACACCUGAAUUUUUUGCGGCUUGUCACACAAAGGCCGAAUAUGAGGAAUAUGGAGCAAGCAUUUGCCGGACAAAUCCUGUUUUCAAGGGGAUGUAUUAAAGCAAAGACAAAUUAACUGAUCAUGGACGGUGUUUCUUGAUCAAAAGGUUGAAUGAAUGUCAGGUUAUUUUGAUCCUCAAUUCACGUCUUUCUCUUUCUUCCUACCUUUAUUCAAGGUUGUAGAAGUGACUGUAAAAUAUGUAUAUUCAGUGAAAAAAUGCAUUUCGAGUUUUUAUUCCUGCAGUUCUCCCUAAGCAGUCAGUUUCAUGUGGCAAAUUUAGUUUGCCAGCAGAUCCAGAGGGUACUUGAUGGUUAGAUAGAAAUCAAUCCUUGACAAAAAGUUGGCUGAGCUGAAUUGCAAUUUUUGGUGUUCAGCUUAGAGUUUGAUAAAGUUCUGCAUUUUUUCAUUUGUUGUUGGGACCGAUCAUUCCAUUAAGUACUUCUAUAGAUAGGAGGUUGAAUUUAUUGAGAUUGAAUUGUAAUACUAAUAAGCACUAGUGCAGGUUAGAAUUGUGUUAAUGUGAAUCACAUAUUUUUGCAUUUUUGGGUACAUAAUGUACAAUUUGGAUAUUUUUAAU